CACACAUAACUAUCUGCCAGAGGCAACCAAAAACAUGGCGUGCAUUCAUUGUUGGAAUAUACAGUAUCUGUUAGGAUCCUGGCAGGAUGCUUUUGGUUUACGAUUUAUCUUAUGAUUUGGUGAGGAACAUCUCUGUUGCUUUGGAAAAACAAGGAUUUUCACAACCGAGAUGGCCACCUUUGACAACACAAUAACCAACCUCACCAACUUCAGUGACUUCUACUGUCCCUUUCAAGAGGAUUUUAAAUAUAUUCUUCUUCCUGUCAGCUAUUCUCUGGUCUUUGUAAUCGGCCUGGCUCUGAACACCACAGCGUUGUAUGUGAUUGUGUUCCGCACAAAGCGCUGGAAGCCCUCCACCAUCUACAUGUUCAACCUGACGAUGUGCGACACACUCUACAUCCUCACUCUGCCCUUCCUCAUCUAUUACUAUGCAGAUGAAAACGACUGGCCCUUCAGUGAACCGUUCUGCAAGAUCAUACGCUUCCUGUUUUAUGCAAACUUAUAUGGUUCCAUUCUGUUCCUGUGCUGUAUCAGUCUGCAUCGCUUCGUUGGCAUCUGCUAUCCGGUGCGCUCCCUCAACUGGGUCAGCGCUCGCCAGGCCAAGCUGGUGUCUGUGGCCGUGUGGGCCUGUGUCUUAUUCUGCCAGGCACCUAUUCUCUACUUCUCAAGAACUAGGGAUGUUGAGAAUGAACGGAUCUGCUACGACACCACCAGCCCAGAGCUUUUUGAUGACUUCUUGGUAUACAGCACAGCCGUGUCCGUGCUCAUGUUUGCCCUGCCGUUCAUGGUGGUGAUGGUGUGCUAUGGCCUCAUGGUGCGGAAGCUUCUGGAGCCUGGCUGGGGGUCUGAAGGUGGCUCUCUGGGAGCACAACGCACCAAGCAGAAGUCAGUGAAAAUGAUCAUCAUCGUCUUGGCAGUGUUCAUGCUCUGCUUCCUGCCUUUCCACCUCACCAGGAGUCUUUACUACUCAUUUAGAUACCUAAGGCAGGUCGAUUCAACACAGAUCAGCUGUAGGUUGUUGGAAGCCUCCAGUGUGGCCUACAAAGUGACCAGACCUUUGGCCAGUGCCAACAGCUGUGUGGACCCCAUCCUUUACUUUCUGGCUGGGCACGACGCCCGCAGUACCCUCAACAAGAAAAAUCCGUCUUCAUCUAAAUCAAGAAGGGUGGGCCGAACCUUAACAACAGAACUCUGAUCCAAUGCGUGAAACAAUUUUUGGAAGAAAGCUGAACAUUGUCAGGACAACAGUGACAGGUCUUAUUGCAGGUUUCUUUUGGUUGACGCAGCACCACAUCCACUGACACAGAUUUCAUUCAGAUUUGCGUAACAAAUAGAAAUGCAUGCUCAGAUUUGACCAAAUCAAAUAUGGGCAAUACAGUUUUAAAGAAUGUAACUUAACAUCUAAGUUGUGUUGUUCAUUUAAUGGACUUAAACAGAUAUGUUGUGUUUGUUAUGUCUGAAAAAGUAUAGUGAGAGGACGUAAAUAAACUACACUGUGCUUUGCAGCUGUAAAUGUUUUGGUAAAGAUCCUACUGGAAAACUGAUGUUUUUGGAUAGACAGAAGUGGGUUUACUUCCGCUCACCUUUCUUUUCACAUAUCAGACAAAGAACGUACAAAUAAUGAGUCUGUGGCUUUUAAAAUGAAGACGCAAAAUGACUCACGCUUGUCAAUGUGUUUGUAAAUAGUUGGCGAAACAGGAUGUCUCUUGAAGUGAGCAUACAACUGCAAAAACAAGACUUUGAUUAUACUGUACGAGUUGCGAUUUUUUUUUAGCGGAUGUCAGUUUGUGUCCAAAUAUGAAGGAAUUAAAUAAAUGGUGUUAUUUAAACAUGUAUAGAUUUUGACAAAUGUGUGGUUAUACAUUUUUUAUAAUUUGUCUAAUGUAAUAUACUGAAUUUGUUUAAUAUCCAUGUCAUUUCAUCUAUUGAACACCAUGCCACCACUAGAGGGUGACACUGUCUAACAAACAGGCAGGUCAUUGCUCACGAUGCUUUAGAACACAUUUUGAGUUUUUAUAGUCCAUCAUUUUCUUCCGCACAUCUACACCUCACAUAUACCAACAUCAGCCAACAGUAGAUAACACAUUUGUAUACACCACCAGCAAGAACAACAAAGAAGAUAGCAUCUAAAAUACACCUCUUCUUUAUUUUAACAGUAAAAACAUUAUACAGAAAAAAAGUCAUAUUAUAAAUGCAAUUCUACAAAGUUGAUGAGAUGAAUGUGUUUUUUGAAUCCUUCCUACCAGUACCACUUCAGCAAUAAUAGUCCUAUAAUAAUAGUAAUAAAAACAGAAAAAAUGAAACGGCUGCAACCAAUACAUAUUCAGUCCAUCCAGACAUGUUGACAUAUUCCUUGUAACAAAUUAAGAUAAUAUGUAAAUGAGUGGCCUCUAUGAUUCUAGUAAACUCUUACAGCCAUGAAGAUGUAAACUGAAGCCAACUCGGCUGCAUAACUUUGGUGUAACUCAACCACUAAUCCUGCACAGCCACUGGUUGGUUCAUUUAAUUAAACUGGAAUAAAAUAUGAUCGUGUUUCUUACAGUUAUGAAAAUUGCAUAACUUGAGUCUGGCUAUGUGUACUGUAUGAAUGUGGUUGAGAACGUUUUAAAA